GAACGCCAAGCGCCGGGCCCUUGACUCCGCCCUCGGUCCAGUCUCUAUUGGGCCACGCCUACAUAGCUCUUCUCCGAUUGGUCUUUACACCUCUUGCAACGAAGCCCCACCCACCUCGCGACGUCCGAUUGGGCCUAGGAGGGAGCUAGGUCGCCGGAGUCCCCGUCAAUCGUAGCGGUACCUCCCCUGGCCCGCCUCAGGAAAGAGGAUGUGCAUUUUGAUUCAUCUGGAUGUUAGUCUAUUUAGAGAUGCCUUAUUAUUACUGGACAAAAGACGAGUCAAUCGCUUAAACAGUGAGCGGAAAGAAGGCGUAUCUAAGAAGUUGCCGGCCCAUACAAAGUGAUGAUUGGAGAAACGUUUGUUUUCUCUUCGGCUGGUUGGUGUUUGGAGUAUUUCACCAACUCAAGAUGUGGUCACGUGGUCAGUCAACUUUCACCCAGGAUGUCUUUCUCCAGACUUCCCCUUAGCAACCGAGUGGCGGCACUUGGUUCCCCAGCAACAGAGAGGAGACGUCUUCGCUGCGGAGAAUCAGCCCAGUUACUAGUGCUUGAGAAGGGAAAUACAGAUCUGUUCUCGGUGAAGAGGCUACUUGACUGAUAGGUGUGUGCUGCUUCCCCAUCUCUGCCACAAGUCUUCACCAACAAUGCUGUCAUCAGGGAAGAUGAACCGGAUCUAUGACUCAGUGGAGCCGAGAGUGAUGGACAACGAUAUGCUCAAGCUGGCUGUGGGGGAGCAGGGUCCGCAGGAGGAGGCUGGGCAGCUGGCCAAGCAGGAAGGCAUCCUCUUUAAAGAUGUCCUGUCUCUGCAGCUGGACUUCCAGAACAUCCUCCGCAUAGACAACCUCUGGCAGUUUGAGAACCUGAAGAAGCUGCAGCUGGACAACAACAUCAUUGAGAGGAUCGAGGGCCUGGAGAACCUCACGCAGCUGGUCUGGCUGGAUCUGUCCUUCAACAACAUCACAGUUAUUGAGGGGCUAGAUACCCUGGUCAACUUGGAGGACCUGAGUUUGUUCAACAAUAGAAUCUCCAAGAUUGACUCUCUAGAUGCACUGGUCAAGCUGCAGGUCCUGUCACUGGGCAACAACCAGAUCGACGACAUGAUGAAUAUCGUCUACCUGCGGCAGUUCAAGUGCCUGCGGACACUCAGCCUCUCAGGGAACCCCAUUACUCAGGCAGAGGAUUACAGGAUGUUCAUCUAUGCCCACCUUCCUGACCUUGUGUACCUGGACUUCAGACGCAUCAGUGAACAUGUGAAAGAGCUGGCAGAACUGAAGUACCAGUACAGCAUUGAUGAGCUGAAGCACCGGGAGCACCUGAGGGAGGUCCAGCUGGAGGAGGAACAGGCCCAGCGGGCGAAACUGGAAGAAUACAAGAUGGCGUUUGUUGAACACCUGAACAGUUCCUUCCUAUUUGACAGCAUGUAUGCUGAAGAUGUGGAGGGCAGCAAGCUGUCCUGUCUGCCCACUGUGGGCGAGCUCCUCAAAGCCUACAAGGAAAAAUUUGUCAUCAUCUGCCUGAAUAUUUUCGAGUAUGGCCUAAAACAGCAGGAGAAACGGAAACUGGAGCUGGAUACCUUCAAUGAGUGUGUCCAGGAGGCCAUCAAGGAAAACCAGGAGCAAGGAAAACUCAGGAUCGCCAAGUUUGAGGAGAAGCACCUGCUGAAUCUAAGUGCCAUUCGAGAAGAGCCCGAACUGCUCAUCAUUGAGAAAAAGAUAGUAGAGUGCAGUGAGGACAUCUCGGAGCUGUUCAACGUGCUCAUGACACUGGAGAUGCAGCUGGUAGAACAGCUAGAGGAGGCCAUAAACAUGUUUGAAAGGAACAUCACUGACAUGGUGGGAAUGUUUAUUGAAAACAUCCAGAGCCUCAUGGCUCAGUGUCGAGACCUGGAGAACCACCACCAUGAGAAACUCUUAGAGAUCUCGAUCAGCACCCUUGAGAAGAUCCUCAAAGGCGAGCCGGACGAGGAGCUGCCUGACGACGUGCGAGCACUUUUUGUUGACAAAGACACGAUUGUAAAUGCUGUUGGAGCAUCACAUGACAUCCACCUCCUGAAGAUUGACAAUAGGGAAGAUGAGCUGGUGACAAGGAUCAAUUCUUGGUGCACACAUUUAGUAGACAAGAUUCACAAGGAUGAGGUCAUGAGGAAUCGCAAGCGAGUGAAGGAGAUCAAUCAAUACAUCGACCACAUGCAGAGCGAGCUGGACAACCUGGAAUGCGGUGAUGUGGAUUAGGUGCAUGUCAGCCAGAGGGUCCCUUUUCAAAUGCAGCAUGAGCCCCUACCACAGUGAGGAGGUGGGCACAUACACUGGCUGCCUAAGGAGAGAGUUACUGGCAGUUCUUCAAUCCAUGUUCCCCCAAAUACCUUUUUUCCCAGACCCACCCUGGAGAAAGUUCCAAAUGAGUAAAAAAUAAGAGAAAAAAAUGAGAAUGUACAUUCAUGUAUGAACAGGAGAAAAAGUGAAGAGAAACAGCAGGUCCCUGGCCAGUCUACAAGAGUGGCUCGCUAGGAGCUAGAGGUAUCUGUGGCC